UCUGAUAUAUACGAAUUCUCGGGGGCAAGUGGGUAUGUUGUGCAAUUUGUCUCAUUCUCGUUAAUUUGUGGCCGUGAUUAUGGGUCUGUCGAAUUUCCCUAGUGCAUCAGAAGGGGUGCUACCCGUGCUCGUCAUGAACACCGUUGUAUCGGUGGCUGUGUUGAAGAACAUGUUCAGGUCCAUGCUCCAAGUGGUUGCUGGCACUGGCACUGGCACUACUUCUUCCUCCUACUCUCCCAACAUUCAACAAGACUGCUCCUGCUCCCACCCAAGAAGGGUCUCCAUAACUCACUACGACUCAUUGUGCCACGCUGUGCCCUUGGUCGAGUGCUGCGUUUGUCUCUCUGCCUUUGAGGCUAAUCAAGAGGUCAGUCAGUUGCCUUGUAAGCACUUCUUCCAUAGGGGCUGUUUGGAUAAAUGGUUUCGUAACAAACACGCCACAUGCCCCUUGUGUCGAUCCAUCGACUAGACUAGACUACACAUGUGUACAAAGGUUACAUUAAUGUUACAAUUACACCUACGUGGUUGCUUCUUGAUUAACUUGUUGUCAGACUGAAAUGCAUCAAUGUCUCUCUUUUUCUUUACUUUGUAAACCCACUUCAACCUACUCACUUCUCUAUUUAGAGAUGGUGCGGUGUUGUGUUCUAUGUGCAAGUAGUUCCAAAUUCGAUUUCAUCGUGAUUUUUGCGUAAUUUUCAAUUUGAUGAUACUAGUGCCUUGUGGCUUGUUUGUUUGAAAUUUGAAGUGGAAUUUUGGUAUUUCCCACCGUUGAUGCAAAAUUUUAGUGUGGUAGGUGAAGUCCAUUUAAGGAGUUAUACGAAGUACAAACAGGCUUCGAAUUGAAUGAUGAAUGAAGAUAAUAAGGAGCUAUGAAACUCUUUUUGCUUUGUCACGUUUUUCUGCCGCUGUCGUUUCUCUUGUUUGGACGGGGAAAUGUCGUGGAAGGUGGUAUAUUAUUCUUGCACCUUUUAGAAAAAUAAGAAUAUAUAUAUUUUAGGUAA